AUGGGUGAAUACUCGAAAGCACUGGAAUACUACGAAAAAUCACUCAAAAUCAAAGAAAUAUCUCUGCCUCCGACUCAUCCUGGUUUGGCUGGUAGUUAUUUGUGUUUUGCAGCCUGCUACGAAAAAAUGGGAGAUUAUACGACAGCACUUAAAGCUCUUAAAAAUGCUUAUAAAAUUCAAGAAAAAGCAUUUCAAGAAGGUAAUCAAGUUUUUGCUUCAACAUUCAGUUGGUACGGAAGAGUAUACCGGGAUUUGAAAGAGUACUCAAAGGCACUAGAUUACUAUGAAAAAUGUCUCGCAAUAGAUAGAAAAACUCUACCAGAAAAACAUCCUGAUUUCGGAAUAGAUUACAGUAAUAUAGGUGAUGUUCAUCGACUAAUGGGUGAUUAUGAAAAAGCACUGGCAUUUCAUCAGAAGGCAUUAAAUAUUCAAGAGAAUGUGAAAUGUAAUCCUCUGGAAUGUGCAACAACAUACAUGAAUGUAGGUGAAACUUAUCGUGAAAUGAAAGAUUAUACAACAGCAUUAACAUAUUAUCAAAAAGGAUUAAAAAUACGUGAAGAGAAACUGACAAAAAAUCAUCCUGAUUUAGCUGUAAUAUAUCACAAUAUGUCGAAAUUACAUUUCUCAACUCAAAAAUAUAGUAUGGCAAUGAAAUAUGUUCAACAAGCAGUUGAAAUUGGGCAAGAGAAGUUAUCUUCAACUCAUCCACAUCUCGUAGAAUAUAGAGAAACAUUUGAAAAAAUUCGAAAGAAACAGUAA